AUGGACUCCCAGUCGUCGUCGUUAAUUGUAUCACCUAAAGCGCGACCGCGCGUGUUCAGCUACAAGCGGCGCCGCAACGGUGCGUUGAUCGCUGCUGUGAAGUCCGAGGACGGGUGCGACUUUGGUCUGCGGAGCGCUGGCGAGAGUUGGUGCACCACCUCAGGCGAGAGCUCAAGUGACGAGAACGACAGCAGCUUCGAGGUCGAAGAGGACCUUGUUGAAGAAGAGGAGGCGAUGGUGGCCGCAAAGCGGCGGCGGCGCGCAGACCUGGAAGGGCUCAAGAAGUCGGUGCGGCAUAUGGAGGCGCAAGUAGUGGAUGCGUCCGCCCAGCUGAAGGACCUCGCGGCGCUUGUAGCGCAAGUUAUAGCUCGACGCCAGCAGCAGCAACUCCACGCAUAGAUCACACAAGUGCCGCCGAUGAUAUAGGCGCUCCGUACCGUAGUUUAUUACGAACGACCAGGCGAGCCUUCGUCGGUGUUCGUGGCACGAACUUCGUGCCUAGUCCAUAACCAUAAAUCAAAAUGUGAAGGUUUCUCUUGAGUCA